UGUUGCAUCUCAAGAGCUUUUCUGUUUGGCAGUGGUUUAUUGUGGGUGGCAGGGAUCAAAAAUCAGAUGAUGAAGGCCGUGGUGGUCCUGGGUGUACUGGUGGCUGCUGUGUAUCAGGUGAGCGGCAGCAUCCAGUUAGAGAAGAGCAAUCUGAACCCUUCAGUGCUGCAUCCAUGGAGACACAGGAGUUUAGGUGUGCAGAUCAGGGUAAAAAGAGACUGGAUCAUUCCACCUAUCAGAGUCCUAGAAAACAGCAAACAGAUCCCUGAAGAUCUGGUCCAGAUUAAAUCAGACAAGAUUUUCACCGGUGAGGUGAUAUACAAGCUGGAGGGACCCGGAGUUGACCAGGACCCCAAAGGCCUCUUUGAAAUAGACGAUAAAACAGGAUGGAUCAAGAGCAAAAUGCCGCUCGACAGGGAAAAGCACAGAAGUUUCAAGCUCAAAGCCUUUGCACUCUCGCCAAGUGGAGAGAGACUGGAGAGUCCAACCACCAUUGAGAUCUAUGUUCUAGAUCAGAAUGACCACAGGCCUGAAUUUACACAGAAAGAGUUCAUCGGCACAAUCCCAGAAUUCUCUGUUCCAGGUACAUCAGUGAUGCAGGUGACGGCAGUAGAUGCUGAUGAUCCAAUGACAGAUAACGCAGCUCUGAGCUACUCCAUCAUUGGACAAGAAAGUUUCCCGCCUCACAGCAUCAACAAAACCAUGUUUGGAAUCAACAACAAGACUGGAGUCAUCUACAUACGAGACGUGGGCCUGGACAGAGAUGUGGUGCAGUCUUUCAGGCUAACUCUGCAGGUGGCUGACAUGUCUGGCAUGGGACUUACCUCUAUCGGUCGAGCCAUCAUUCACAUUUCUGACAUUAACAACCAUGCUCCCAAAUUCCAGCCUAACGUGUAUAACAUGUAUGCAAUGGAGAACAAGGAGAUUGUGGAGGUGGGCCGGGUCAAUGCGACGGAUAAGGACCAGAGAGGUGGAGAAAAUUGGAGAAUUAAAUACAACAUCAUAAACGGAGAUCGCUCAGGACACUUUGCCAUCCGCACAGAUCCAGUCUCCAACCAAGGCAUCAUUUCUGUGGUUAAGCCGCUGGACUAUGAGUCUCAGGCAGAAUAUCAGCUCACUGUGACAGCAGAGAAUGAAAUCAGCCUAAAAGCUUCAUAUGAACAAGUACACAGUGCCACGGUCACUGUCAGAGUGCUGAAUGAAAACGAGGCCCCAAUCUUCUAUAAAAACCCCAUUAAAGUGACUGCGGCCGAGUCCAUUGUCCCCGGUACAGUGCUGAUCUCUGAUAUCGCCCAUGAUCCAGAUAAUGCCAAGUUAAGGUUUGAAAUCAUUCAGGAUCCUGAGAGUUGGCUUGUUAUUAACGUCGCAUCUGGACAGAUCUCAGCCAGAAGAGCCUUCAAUAUCCGCUCCCCCCAUGUGAGGAACAACAUUUACUCUGCCGUUGUAAAGGCCAAGGACCAGGAUGCUGAUAGCAUUUCUGCAACAGCCACACUGGAGAUCACUCUAUGGGAGACCAAUGAUUACCCACCAGUGCUGGUACCCUUGAGUGGGACUGUGUGCAGUGACCGGGACAGAGAUAAACUGGGUCUGCUGCUGAGUGCUGUGGAUGAGGACAUGUCUCCUCAAGCUGACCCCUUCUCCUUUGACAUCGCUGACCAAAGCGUUGCUGCCAACUGGACCAUCAUAACUCUGAAUGAGACCCAUGCAGUUCUCCAGCCACUGAUAGACAUAGAGGGUGGGGAAUUCUCCAUUCCUGUAGUCGUGUCGGACUCUGGUUCUCCUUCCCUCUCCUCUUAUGCUUUGGUCAAUGUGACCGUGUGUCAUUGUGACAGUUUUGGAGACUGCAAGAGCUUCACAGCAGCCAUUUUUGGAACCAAAAUGGGCAUCAGUUUCAUUGCUCUCAUGAUUAUUAUGGGAAGCAUCGCUCUUCUGUUGUUGCUGCUUCUGCUGGCGGUGGCAGUGAGGGGGUGCACGAGACACAACAUUAAGAAAGAUAGAGGUCUGCUGGUCGGAGCGUCUGAUGAUGAUAUACGAGACAACGUCUUUCACUACGAUGAGCAGGGAGGCGGAGAAGAGGAUGAGGAUGCAUUUAAUAUAGAUUUCCUGAGGAACCCAAGUGAUAUUCUCCCUGCACCGGCCUCAUUUUUCCCACAAGACUGUAGUCUGCUCAGAGGAAAACAACCACUCCGGAAAGAUGCUCCUCAUAACCUGCCCUCUCCUACAUAUCCACGCAAACCCCCCGGAGACCCAACUGACAUCGAAGAUUUCAUCAAUGUUGGCCUGGAUGCUGCAGACAACGACCCGAACGUCCCACCGUACGACACAGCUCUGAUCUACGACUAUGAGGGCGAUGGGUCGGUAGCAGGCAGCCUGAGCUCCAUUGCUUCCAUGGGCUCAGAUGGUGACCAGGACUAUGACUACCUCAAUGACUGGGGUCCACGCUUCAAAAAACUGGCAAACAUGUACGACCCACGUUAAACGCCGGAGCGAUUCAUUCAUUUUAAAAAAAACAAGACUUUCAGAUUUUCUCAUGCAUGCAUGUCCUCCAAACUUCCAUGCAAACUCAGUUGCAAAAUGUUUCAUCGUCUAAUUUGUUUUUGUUAAAAGCUGAAGUGCUUUAUUUUUUCCGUCGUUAAAAUACUUUCACUUAUCCCAACUUAAUAUGCAGAGACAAUUAUAAGCCAAUUGUUGGUUGAUUUCCUCCGAAAAGUGUAAAUAGUCUGGCUCUGUGAUACCAUCACAAGCAACCAGGCUGACACAGUAACAUUGGCUCAACCAAUAGUGUGAGUCUGGGGCGGGAAAAUCUGUUUGGCCGAACCAUGACAGAUCAGGCAAGUGUUCAGGAAACCUGUUUGAAAACAAUAAUUACUUUUGCAAUUCUGUUUGGUGUUGCUAGUGGUGCAGAAAUUGCACUCUUCAGCUUUAAAGGUCAAGAGAAACUGCACACACUAUUUCUUGUCCUUCAUGGAUCAGUGAGCUUAUUCAACAUGUUGAUGUGACAGGUGCUCACUGUGGGCCAGUGUGCAAAUGGAUGUAUUGUAAAGCACCAACUGGAGGGAGGAACAGUGUCAGUUCAUACUGAUUAGACAUGAUUAUGAAACACGUGCCAUGUUCUUGAGGGAUUAUUUUAGCUGAUGUCCAACACAGAGGUUUGCUGGGCAUGUAGGGUUAAAAGAAUAGUUCAUCCUCAUUAACUCACCCUCAUGUUGUAACAAACCCAACUUUCUUUCUCCAAUGUAAAACAGAAGAAUUUUCAUUAUUUCUGAGCUGCUCUCUUCCAUAAAAAAAGUAUCGUGUGACCAGGGGAUCCCCUCAAAAAUUCAUAAAGCACAAUAGAAACAGACCAAAAGUUGUUGUUCAGUGAAGAUCUCACAUUCAUUUACAGUCAAAUGUGGUGCGCCAGCCAGGUGUGACGUCAGUGACACCAACAGCACUGGUUCUUUUGUAUCUUGUUACCAGUCAUGACACCAUAUUUGAAUAUGUGGCGUGAAAUUGUACAUAAUUGAUGCUUAUUGGUAAUUACUAUGUGUACUUUUGUGCCUGUAGACCAUUUAAUGUCUAAAUUAUUUACCAUCUAUUGAUGAACUGUGCAGCAUUUACUUGUUUAUUGUUACCAAAAUUAACUUUUUUUAGGAUUUGGAUUACUGGUCUUUUAUAUUGUUAGUCUUUUUCUAGGGUUAUCUACACUGAAAAAAAAAAAAAGACUAGUACGAUUUACUUCAUUUAUUAAGAUUUAACAAUUUUGGGGGCCUGGGUAGCUCAGCGAGUAUUGACGCUGACUAUCACCCCUGGAGUCACGAGUUAAAAUCCAGGGUGUGCUGAGUGACUCCAGCCAGGUCUCCUAAGCAACCAAAUUGGCCCGGUUGCUAGGGAGGGUAGAGUAACAUGGGUUAACCUCCUCGUGGUCCCUAUAAUGUGGUUUUCGCUCUCAGUGGCAUGGUGAGUUGUGCGUGGAUGCCACGGAGAAUAGCGUGGGCCUCCACGUGCUACGUCUCCGUGGUAACGCGCUCAACAAGCCACGUGAUAAGAUGCGCGGAUGAUCGUCCUCCGCCACCUGGAUUGAGGCGAGUCACUACGCCACCAUGAGGACUGAGAGUGCACUGGGA